UUAACCUCUCACCUGAUCACAACCUUGUGCUAAUUCCGAGCAAGGAUGACAUACAUCCACAUGUGAUACAUUUUUAAUCUUAAGACAUCGACUUAUUGUCGAUUACUAUACAGCUCAUAAUGUAGCAAUAAUGUUAUUUUGAGGUUUUACACCUAUUCAAGUGGCUAGUUUCAAUUACUUGUACACUGGACGUUUACACUGAGGAUGGUCAGUUUGACCGAAAACGUUUUGUACAACCACUCCCUUGUGGAUGAAUUUUAAAAUUUUUUAAUAAAUUUAUAAUAUACCUAUAUACAACAGAAGUGUUUACUUCAUUCUACGUUGUCUUAACAAAGGUAUACAGCCAACUACAGGGUUUACCCUUUUAAUGUUUUAUUUAAUGACGAUAUGGUCAACUUGGCUCUUAAGUACUUGCGGCUAGCUACAAAGAGGAACAACACUAAAUUGGAUAUAUGGUUCAUAUCUCAAUGCCUUAAUCACAAAGUCAUUCCAAAUUUUUGCAGAGUAAAAACAUCAAAAAAUGUACCUCCAAACAUCAGGAGCUCACUACAAGUUAAAUUAAUGAAGAAGGAGAUAUGUAACCACUAUGGAAAAUUAAACUACCUCAACUGUCAACUUAAGGUAAUGUAUGAUUCUUUGCUCGAAAUAAUAGGUUUUAUCAAUAUUAAUAACUUUAUGUCAGAUGUUCAGGAUAAGGUGGAGAUUUCUAAUUCAAUUAAAUUUAAUAGAGUUAAUAACAAAUUAAUUAAACUUAUUCAAGCCAAAACUUUGCUCGAUCAAGCUUCAGAUGUCAGAGAUGUCAGAAAGUUUUCAGAUUUCAAAUUCCAUCCCCGUAUAAAGAACCUCACCAACAUUAAUUUUUCCAAAGACGAAAUACAAUUGCUCAACUACGGUCUUAAACACUCAGUCCCCAAAGAUUUUUCAAUCAAAGAUAUAGAGAACCUUUCUAUCGAGACAGACAUAGUUAUCGAAAAUCUCUCCGUAACCCUUUCAGACAGAACAUCUAUCAGAAACUCUUGUUACCGCUUUCUCAACAAAUUCAAAACUAAAAUUGAUUCUUCCAAUAACUCUUCUUUCUCACAUAGUCUUUCUUCCAAAAAAGCCAACUCUUUUCUUAAGUCAUUAAAAUCAAUUAAACAAAAAAUUACAAACCAUCAAUUAAUUUUCAGUAAAGCAGACAAAGGUAACUGUCUUGUCAUCCUUGAACGUGACUUAUAUAACAACAAAGUCACAUCUUUCUUAGAGAGCAACCAUUUUACUUCUAUAACAGUAGAUCCUACAAAAAGAUUUAUCACUAAACUUAAAGACAACAUCAAACAAUUUUCUGAUUUUUUCACUGAAUUUGAUGCUCCAUACAGCAAAAUUCCUAGCAACCCUUUAGUUCCAAGGUUGUAUGGUUUGCCAAAAAUACACAAAGUUGACAUGCCUAUACGCCCCGUUGUUAGCUUCAUUAAUACUCCAGUUUCUAUCUUAUCUAAAUUUCUAUUAAAAACAAUAAAAAACUUAAUUAACUUCACUCCUCAAUUUUCAGUUUCUAACACUUACCAAUUGGUUGAAAAACUUCAACUCAUCAAUCUGAAUCCAAACAUUACUAUGCUUUCUUUUGAUGUUAGCAACCUAUUUACUUCAGUACCCAAAAAUGAAACAAUUAGUCUGGUAAAAACUCUCCUAAUCAAUAAGGUUAUUCAACCCCAUAUCAUUUCUUCGAUAAUAGAUAUUCUACAAAUUUGUCUAUCACAAGAUUUCUUUAUUUUUAACAAUAAUUUCUAUAAACAACCAGAUGGUUUAGCAAUGGGUAGUUGCUUAUCCCCCUUUCUAGCUGAUGUUUUUAUGGAUCAUUUAGAAUCCAAUUAUAUCAUGAAAAAUCCUGAAGUUCUACAUUGGUUCCGUUACGUAGAUGAUUGUCUCGUUUUUGUGGAUGGUCAGCAAGACUCAGCUAAUCACCUUUUAUUCAAAAUCAAUCAAAUCCAUCCCAAUAUCAAAUUUACUAUGGAACUAGAAUCAUCUAAUGCCAUUAAUUUUUUAGACCUUUCCAUUACCAGACUCAACAACCAGUUCAACUUUGGUAUUUACCGCAAGCCUACUCAAACUGAUCAUGUUAUCCAUUCUUCAUCCAACCACCCACUGUCUCAUAAAUAUUCUGCUUUUAGGAGUUUCAUCCAUAGACUACAUACACUACCUCUAUCUACAGCUGAAUUUAACAAGGAACUUAAUAUAAUCAAACAAAUAGCAGUCAACAAUGAUUACAACCCUAAUAUAAUCGACAAGCUCAUCCGGAAAAGAGAAUCCAAUCGUCUUCAGCAACUAGCUUACAAUUCAAACCCAGUCAUCACACCAAUCUAUAGGUCCCUACCUUUUCAUAAUACUGUCAUAUCUGAGAAGAUCAAACACAUUCUCUGUUCUUCGGACAAUGUCCACAUAUCAUUUAAAGUCAAUAACACUCUCAACAAAACAUUAUCUAACACUAAAGAUCCAAUCAACUUUAUGAAUCGUAGUGGUGUUUACAGAUUAUCUUGUUCCGAUUGUGAUGCCUCUUAUGUAGGAAGAACCUAUAGAUCACUGUCUACUAGAGCAGCAGAGCACACUAAACGUGACAAUACAUCAGCUUUCUCUCACCAUCUCAAAGUCAACAAACACCACCUUAACAUCCCAGAUGGUGUGACUUUGAUUCAUAACAUCCAAGAUAAGAAUACCCUUCGUUUAGACCUAUAUGAGGAUUUAGAGAUUGUCAGGGACGCAAGGACAAGUCCAAACUGUGUUAACCGUCAACUUUCUCUUAACCGUGAUUUCACCCCCAUUCAUAGACAAUUAUUUCCAUAAUUCUAUAUUUUUAUU